UCGGGGAAGAAUGAGAGUAUGGGACGAGCCGACAGGUAGACAGAUAGCGGAUGUGGUCUGGCUGUCUUGAGUGCUCACCUACCUAACUACCUCCGAGUCAGCUGUGAUGCAGUUUGCAGACAGAGAUGCACAUGCAGAAUACCUCCGAAUCCAGCUCAGCCUUGCUCGUACUGUCGGAUCUCUUACUGCUGCGUUAUCGCUUGUUACCUUGCUGUAUGUACAUUGCGCUACCUUGGGUAAUAGCCCGGUUGCACUUGGAUGGAUGGCGCGGCUGUGCUGUUAGGCAUACUUCUGCAUUUGUAAGCACACUCUCAUAUGUAAGGUAUGCCUGGUUACUGGUAUGGAUGGGCUCUCGCCGCCUGGUAAGGCAGCCUAUGGUAUUGAGUUGUAUAGGUAGUAUUAUGCGACACAUUGGGUACCUCCUUGUGGCCUGGACCCUGUUGUUGAGGUUGUGUCCGUUACCGGUCGGGGUGUAUAUACAGAGUAAUAGCAGGGUAGGCAGUGAGAUUCAGGUGUUGGCUGGAGUCUGGUGUAUGCAUGUAUGUACCUAGGUACAUCGAUUCGAGGCACAACGAUUACCAGUACCCAGGUGCCCUGACAGUCAAUAUCGUACAUUGUGUUGCAUAAGAUGCGGGCAGCUGCGGUGUACUGUACUUUACAUAUAUACAUACACUAUGGUGGCUGGUGGGAGACGGACUUGUCGUGUAGAAAUUGAAAUGGACGAGUAGAAACAACUCACAUGCGGAUAUCAGACUGAUAA